UGAUAUAUAAUUUUUUUAAUAUCAAAAAAUAUAUAUAUUAAAAUGUCGAGAAAGUCCGGUAGAAGGUCCGUGGAUAUGGGCGCCGUGAACCGAAGUUUGAGGAAAGGCAAAGCUAAAGCCACCUCCAAUGGUUCGACCUCACGCGGUUCUCGAGGAAGACACUCCGUCUCUUCCUUUCUUACUAUCCCCGAUCAAUUCAUCGGGGACGGUAUGACGGAUGAAGAGUUCGACCAGAUUUAUUCUGGUAGAGGGGACGCGAAUCUCCCCACUCUUGAUAGUCUAUUUGAGGAUGUUGAUGAAGCAGGACUGGACAAUCUGGACGGGGACGAGGAGCCUACACCGCACAGCAACGACGUCAACGUCGAGGCAGGGUUAUACAGUACUGUACUAGAAGAAAUAGCACCACCUCCGCCCCCCAAAUCAAAAAAAGGUUUUAAAGGAAGAGUCAGUGGGCUUCUUGCAAAGAAAGGGAAGCGUGCUCAGCCUUCGACGAGUUCAAGUGGUACAACAGUAAGCUCGCACAACGAACUUGCUAUGUACCAAGGGGUGCCAUGCGAUUACGACGACGACGACGUGGAGUUUGACGUCCUCAGAUGGUGGAAGCGGAACGAACACAUGGUCCCAUGCCAUGUCUCGGAAUGCUAGCAAGACAAGUGUUGUCUGUCCCGGUAUCAACCGUAGCAGUUGAACGAGAAUUCAGUGCUGGCGGCAACAUUCUAACCGACUACCGAAGUUGUCUUAAUACUGAAUCUCUUGAAACACUUGUUUGCAACCAAGAUUGGCUCUUGGCAAGACGUCGAGCUCAAGAAUCAUCGUACCAACUCGAUUCGGAGCAUUACAUGAAUGUAAUUAUGUAAUUAGUUUUUUUUAGGUGAGCGAUAUAUAAGCUCCUUCGAGGGUUUCUUUACGGUUCUUUACCUCGUCGCUUUUUUUGAACCGUCGGGAUAUUAAAUGUAGUUGUUCUUC